AUGCAGCAAGGCUCAAACAUAACAGACGCAGCCCAUGUCAUUUCGUCUUUGAAUCAUCUUUUCGUAUCUCGUGGUCCCAUUCUGCGCUCGACAACGCUUGGACAACGCUCAGGCUCUUCUCCUGACCCCCGGUUCGACUCAUCCUUGUUGUUUUUUUCCUCUUCCUCUUCACACAUGCUCUAUCGCGAAAUUCAACCAAUGUCACCGCCCUCGAGCCGUCCAAACACGACUUCAUCACCUCCCGGCGCAAUUGCCUUCCUCCAUCUAUUGUGUAUAGAUGACGAUUACGAAGUAUUACAUUCAAACUUCCUCUUCGUGAAGGACUUGAGAUGUGUGAGACGGCGCCGGGUGUUGGGCAUCUGA